AUGGAUGGAUCAGUCCCAGACUCCUAUGUUACACUUGUGGUCACCAGGUUGUGCUGCCAAGUUAACACCCUGAAACCACAGUCUGCUAAGACCAUAUACCACAUUAUAAAUCUGCUGGAGAUCCAAAGGGAUUUGCCUUUGUGGAAUUUGAAACAAAAGAGCAAGCAGCAAAAGCUAUUGAGUUUCUUAACAACCCCCCCAGAAGAAGCACCAAGAAAACCGGGCAUAUUUCCCAAGACAGUGAAAAAUAAGCCUAUUCCAGGUUUAAGAGUAGCUGAAGAAAAGAAAAAGAAAAAGAAGAAGAAGGGCCGAAUUAAGAAGGAAGACAAUGUGCAAGCAAAAGAGUUAAAUAUGGACACAAACAAUGAGAGUAUCUCUAAAAUAAAAAGGUCAAGGACAACAUCCGAGGGCUCUGAAACAGAAACACCUGAACCUCAAAAGCAGCCCACAAAGAAAAAAAAGAAAAGGGAAAGAGAAGUAUCCAGCUUACCUGAAGGCAAAACAGGGAAGAGGAAGAGAAGCAGUUCUGGAGAUGCAGAGUGCUUAGCUCCCAAAUCUAAACUGAAGAAAAUGGCUCAAAAAGACAUUAUAAAAGAAGCUUCUGAAGUUUCAAAAGAAAACAGAGACUUAGAAUUCUCUGCAGAAGAGGAAAAGGAUGGUGGAGACAUAAAAGAUGGUUCUCUAAAAACAAAGAGAAAGCAUAAGAAAAAACAUAAAGAGAGACAUAAAAUGGGUGAAGAAGUUAUACCACUGAGAGUACUGUCCAAAAGAACCAAGAUGGAUUUCGUGAAAGGCAAAGAUGAAUAUGUGAAUGCACCCACAGAAACUGGAGCCUCAGCCUUUUGCCUAGCUCUGCCUGUCACAACAAAGUCAGCCACAGGCCUCCAGAGAGUGGCCUCUGUGAAAUUUGUCAUAAAGGUGUCAGGUAUUUCUUACUGGCUUCCAAAGAAAACUCGGAUAAAGAAAUCUUUCCUGGAUCCUUUUGAGGCUCCACUCGGAAGCUCUCUUGAGGUGAAGAAGAAGCUGGAGAGCAGUAGCAAGAAAAACUGGCCAAAGAGUAAAAGAUGCCCCGGGGCAGAAGGCUGA